AUGUUCAAUGAUACUUAUAGCUUCUCCCGCCAGAACCAGUCAUUGACAGUGAAUAAGAAUGGAAUUGCUUGGAAAAGUGAUAAGCAGAAAAGGUUUGGCAAAGAUGUUUUUCCUAAAAACUUUCAGGGUGGAGGUCUUGUAGGUGGUGCAACUCUCAACGUUUCGAUACCAUUGAAUGAGCAGGAAGACCUCAUGGUUUGGAUGCGAACUGCAGCUCUGCCAACUUUUAGAAAGUUGUAUGGGAAGAUAGAUGUGGAUCUCCAGGCAAACGAAAUCAUAAAUGUGACACUGAAGAACAACUAUAACACAUACAGUUUCAAUGGCAAGAAGAAACUUGUGCUUUCAACCACAAGCUGGAUUGGUGGAAGAAAUGACUUUCUUGGCAUUGCUUACCUCACCGUCGGGAUGAUAUGCUUCGUUUUGUCAAUGGGUUUCACAGUUGUGUAUUUCAUCAAGCCUAGGCGGCUUGGUGAUCCUACCUUCUUAUCAUGGAACAGAGGUCCUGGAUCGCACUAA